GAGGACUGAAGUCAGAAAAUAACAGCAGACUUUUUACAUUUUACACUUCAUAUCCUUCAGAAAAAUCCACGCUAAUGUAAACCUGUAAUUCUAUCACUUUUUCUAAAUUUGCAAGAGGAAAUGCUUAAAAAAGUGUUUCCUAUUUUUGGGUCUUUGUCCCCGUUACUCGUGGCUUUGUCCAGAUUUCUUAUUCUAAGAGAUUGAGAGAUAACAGAGCAAAUAUCCUUAAGCAGCGGCACAUCCGCUCUGUCCAAAUACAGUCACAGACCCUUCUGAUGACUGCCAACCCAUGUUUAAUAUGACCUGUGACGUUGGUCGUAUAGCUGUGCAAGGCGGGUUAUUUCUAGAAUGCCUGCUGCAUUUGCUAAGCGUGCACAGCUAAAUGAAAAAGCGGUUCCAAAGGACUUUUGACCUUUUUGAAUUAAGCAGCUGUAACACGACCUAACUUGAGUGCUGAUUUAACAUGUUCAAUGAAAAUGCAUUAUAUUUCACAAGCAAACGAAAGUGAAACGUUCUGCGAUGGGAUGCAGUUUUAUUUGUAAAGUGUUGCCCGCACGCCUGAGGCUGCAUGCUCGUACCUGAAGUCUUAAAUAAAUAACAUUACAAUUAACGUUUUGUUUUCUAGCGCGAGGCGAAAAAACUGGUGGCCGGCAGUUUCUGUAACGUACCAAAACCCCGGCGUUGCUUGGUUAUCUGGAACGUCUUGCUAGCAACAGUGUAUUUAUUAGACAUGUGUUCAAACACUGUGGACAACAUAAAUAAAGGAAUGAGUCUUUCUUUCCCAUUGUUUCUUCUGAUGGUAGCUUUUGUUAGCUCCGAUUCCAGCAAUUCGAAAUUAAAUAUUCCGAAGGUUUUAUUGCCCUUUACCAGAACCACAAAAAUUAAUUUCACUCUGGAAGCCUCCGACGGAUGUUACAGAUGGUCUUCCACCAGGCCAGAAGUUGCCAGCAUUGAGGCCAUUGAUCUGAUUGAAAAUCAGUGCUCUCAAAAGGCAGUUGUGCAGGCUCGCUUGUCACAACCCACACGACUAACGAGCAUCAUUUUAGCAGAAGAUGUAUUUACUGGCCAGGUUCUUCGAUGUGACGCAAUUGUUGAUGUCAUUAAUGAUAUUCAGAUUGUGUCAACAACACGUGAACUGUACCUUGAGGAUUCUCCUUUGAAGCUGAAUAUUCAAGCCUUAGAUUCUGAAGGAAACACCUUUAGUACUUUAGCAGGGCUGGCAUUUGACUGGAAUGUUGUCAAAGAUGGAGAAACUGACGGCUUCCCAGACUCUCAUAAUGCACUACGCAUUCUGAAAUUUUUAGAGUCAACCUAUGAUGCACCACAGUAUAUCUCAGAAAUGGAAAAAGUUGCCAAACAAGGAGACACAAUCUUGGUGUCGGGAAUGAAAACUGGAAGCUCUAAACUGAAAGCUAAGUUACAAGAGUCAUUGUACAAGAAAGUUCCUGUUGCUGAGGUUAGAAUACUUAUCCUUGAAAACAUACUUCUGAAGCCAGCCUGUGAUAUUUAUUUGUUGGUGGGAACCUCUAUCAAAUAUACUGUUCAAAAAAUUAGGCAAGGAAAAAUUACAGAUUUGAUAAUGCCAUCAGAGCAAUAUGAACUUCAGCUUCAAAACAGUACAGUUGACCCUGAUGGUAAUCCUAGACAGAUGGUGGCCAGGCUGGACCAGAAGACUUCAACAGUAACUGCACUGCAGCGAGGGGAAAUUAAAAUAGUCCUUGCUCAUAAAAAUAUCCUUUGUAUUCGUAUGCAGGGUAUAUCCCGGUUGCCAAACAGCACAAUUUAUGUUGUAGAACCGGGUUACUUAGGGUUUACAGUUCAGCCUGGUGAAAGAUGGGUGCUUGAGUCUGGUCGGCCAUAUGACAUAACAAUUGAAAUUUAUGAUAAAAUGAGUAACAAAGUUUAUUCAUCUGAUAACAUACGAAUUGAUGCAGCACUGCCAAGAGAAUAUUUUAAAGUUUUGAAUUUCUCUCUGAAUGGAACCUACCAUCACGUAAAAGCUCUGAAGAAAGGUCAAACAGUCAUUGAUGCAGAAUUAACAUCUGUAGUUGAUCAAGAUGGUGGUGUACACGUCUUGGGUGUUCCUGUACGGAACCAGCAAGAAGUUGAAAUCUAUGACCCCAUAGUCCUUAAUCCAAGCAUUCUGACAUUUCCAUGGCAAUCCAAAGCAGGAGCUUAUCAGUACACAAUACAGGCAUCUGGUGGUAGUGGGAAUUUUACUUGGUCAUCUUCCAACCAUGCUGUGGCUGCAAUCAAUGUCAAAGGAGUGAUGACAACAGGUAGUAAUAUUGGUGUUAGUGUUAUACAGGCCCAUGACGUCCGGAACCCUUUGCAUUUUGGAGAAAUGAAGGUGUAUGUGAUUGAGCCUGUUGCCAUGAAAUUCACUCCUUGUCAGGUGGAGGCUCACGUGGGUCAGACACUUGAACUUCCACUACAGAUAUAUGGUCUUAUAAAUGGUGAAACCAAAGAAAAUCUUACACUGAGUGACUGCUCCCUUUUUGACCUUGUUGUUGAAGUAGAAACGCAUGGUGUUUUUAAACCUUUAUCAGGGAGACUAAAGCCAGGUGUAAAUUUCUGCAGUGGAAUUAAAGUUCAGGCAGAGACCCCAGGAUUUACAGUAGUAGUGGUUAGUUACACCUAUGGGCAGCUUCAUCUUCGUGCCAGCAUCACCAUUGCUGCAUAUCUGCCUCUUAAGUCUGUAGAUCCAGUGUCUAUUGCUUUGGUGAGUUUGGGAUCUUCUAAAGACAUGUUGUUUGAAGGAGGACCAAGGCCUUGGGUACUGGAACCGUCAAAGUUCUUCAGGAACCCCAGUGCUGAAAAUACAGAGAGCGUCAUAUUAGUAUUGUCUCGUCCUCCUACAUCCAGAAGCAAUAUGCAGCACUGGGUUAAAGUAACUUGCAGAGCGCUAGGAGAGCAGGUCAUAGAUCUGACCAUUGGAAAUGCAGCUACUGUCACAAACCCCUUCCCCGCUGUGGAACGAACAGCUGUUAAAUUCAUAUGUGCUGUUCCUUCUAGAUUCACUUUAACUCCCGUUUAUAUGAAUUCACCGGUUGAUCUGUCUUGUCCUUUGCUUCAGCAAAGCAAACAAGUGGUACCCGUUUCUAACUAUCGUAAUCCAGUAUUGGACCUAUCAGUUUAUGACCAGCAGGGACGCAAGUUUGAUAACUUCAGUUCACUCAGUAUUACUUGGGACUCUUCCCGAAUUUCCUCGGUUAGUAUUGAACGUGAGAUGCCACUGCAGCUGAUUUUAAAGGAUGAUGAAAGUGGACAGAAGAAACAACAUGGUCUGCAGACAUUAUUAGUGCACAAAGAAUCUGGGAGCACAAUUAUUACUGUUACCGCAUCAAAAUAUCAGCAAGAUCAUCUACGUGCAGCACAAGUACUGACACAGUAUGACUAUUUUGAUCCUGUGUCUACAACUAUUGAACUACUACUCGUUGAAGAUGUGAAAGUGAGCCCUGAUAGCAUAACCAUUUACAAUCAUCCUGAUGUUUGGGCAGAAUUGGUCCUGAAGGAGGGGUCAGGGUAUUUUUUUAUUAACACUAGUGAUCUGGGCAUUGUACGCGCAUCCUUUUUGGAAGCUCAAAGCAUUGUUCAGGUUUAUCCAUUAUAUCCUGGAGUAUCAACAGUAAUGAUCCAUGACCUCUGCUUGGCCUUCUCUGCACCUGGUAAAGCUGAAGUUUAUGUGUCUGAUGUACAAGAAGUGUAUGUACAAGUUGUUGACAAGGUGGAGAUUAAAAAGUCAGUCAAGGCUUACGUGAGAGUUUUGGACAGUGCCAAGAAAUCAUUUCUCACAAAAUAUUUUCCUGUCAUGAACCUGAAAUUGAAAGCAGCUUCUCAGAUUGUUGUAUUAGAACAAUCUGAUGACGCUGAUGGCUACACUGCAACUUUCCUUGUGCAUGGCUUGGCAAUUGGGCAGACAAGCCUGACAGCAGUGGUGAAGGAUAAAGCUGGCAAACCAAUUACUUCUGCACCACAACCAAUAGAAGUUUUUCCACCAUUUCGUUUAAUUCCUAGGAAGGUUACACUGAUAAUUGGUGCCAUGAUGCAGAUAACCUCAGAAGGUGGGCCACAACCACAGUCUAACAUCAUUUUCACAAUCAGUGAUGAGAACGUUGCAUCAGUGAACAGUGCUGGACAGGUUAAAGGCCUUGCUGUUGGAAAUGGGACCAUAAAAGGAGUGGUCCAGGCUGUUGAUAUAGAAACUGGAAAGCUGGUUGUGAUAUCCCAGGAUAUAGUGGAAGUUGAAGUGUUAAGGUUAAAGGGCAUACGAAUUCGUGCACCUAUUACCAGAAUGAAGACUGGAACUGAGAUGCCAGUUUAUGUGAUGGGUAUGGCAAGCAAUCAGACUCCCUUCUCAUUUGGGAAUGCAGUUCCAGGAUUUGUGUUCUACUGGUCUGUUACUAAGAGGGACAUCCUUGAUAUCCGGACAAGACACAGCGAAGCUUCUGUUAAGCUGUCCGCUGAAAAUAACUUUGCUAUGAAUGUGAAUGCAAAAACAAAGGGUCGAACAGGGUUGAAAGUUGUUAUGAAAGCCACUAGUCCUGCUACCAAACCAUUUGAAGAUGGUGCCUCUGAACUUUCAGAUGAAGUACAGAUUCAGGUGUUUGAAAAGCUGCAACUUUUGAAUCCCAAUGUUAAAUCUGAACAGAUAUUGAUGUCCCCAAGGUCCUUUAUAAAACUUCAGACUAAUAGGGAGGGAUUAGCUGCUGUCACUUAUGAAGUGCUGGAUUGUUCUGAUAAAGCUGUUGUAGUAAAGGUUGACGAGAAUGGCUUACUGACGUCAGGGUCUCGAACUGGGCUAUCAACUGUCAAAGUGAAUUCACAGGAACCUUUUGGUAUUAACCAGACUGUUGUUGUAACAGUUAAGGUGGCUCAUGUGGCUUAUUUGAGAAUGGUUACCACUCCUGUUCUGUACACGUGGAAUAAGGAAGCACUCACAGCAAUACCACUGGGAAUGACACUGACCUUUGUAGUUGAAUUUCAUGAAAGUUCGGGAGGCACCUUCCAUGCACACAACUCUGUUCUUCAGUUUGGAACAAAUAGGGACGAUUUGGUGCAGAUUGGGAAAGGAGGCCGCAACAACACUUUUGUAGUCCAAACGGUAAAUGUGGGUUUGACCUUGUUAGCAGUCUGGGACACAGAGCAUGCAGGCAAUGUAGACUAUGUUCCACUACCAGUAGAGCAUAUCAUCUUUCCUGAUCUAACAGGAGGAGUAAUAAUUGGAGAUGUCAUUUGCUUCAGUACCAGUCUGGUAAAUUCAGAAGGUCUAUCGGGAACUUGGAGCUCAUCCUCCAGCAUUUUACAGAUUGACCCAAAAACUGGUGCUGCUGUAACACGGGAUGUUGGCAUUGCAACAGUCUAUUAUGAAAUUCCUGGACUAGUAAAAACUUUCAGAGAGGUACUAAUUAACACUGCAGGAAAGGUAAAUUGCACGUACAGUAGUAGUACCGAGACCAUUGUGCGGGGAUCUGCAACUUCCAAGGUGUAUGUGUCUAUAGGAGACAAAAACAGCAGUUUAAAAGGUGAUUGUUCACCAGCACAUAUUGAAUCAAUUAAUGAACUGCAUCCAGAGACAAAUGUGAAAUGCCAUCUUCGCUUCAAAAGCAGUGCUUAUGAAGUUCAGGCCCAUGACAUAUUUUCUGCAAAAUCUGGAUUUGAUCCAUCAUCAGGGCACUACAUCUGUUCUGUUUCAAUGCGUAAGUUAACUGGACAGCAGCUUAAAGUUCUUACCACAAGUAAAGCGGCACCUAUAGUCACGGCCACUGUACAGGGUGGCCAUUUCACUGGAGAGCAGAUUGCUGCUGAGCUACCAUCUUAUCCUGGAUUUUAUGCUGAUCAGAGUGAAAUUCUCUUAAGUAAUUACUACACAAACAGUGAUAUGACUGUAUUUGGAGCUCCUGAAAUUCUAGAUCAUUUGGAGGUAAAGUCUGGAUCUCCAGUUCUUGUUUGUCAAGAGAAAGAGAAGUCGUACACAGAACCUAGCAAUGUUGUAUAUACUGUCAGUAUAUCCGAUCCAAGACUUGUAAGUCAGGGACCUUUGUCGACCAGCAUUGUCAUAUCUAGUCCACUCUCUGACCAGUCUGUCACAAUUCCUGUGACAGUAAUGAAAGUAGCUCCUGUUACUGCACUGCAGAAAGGCUCCUCUGAUGGAGAUGGCUUUUUCAGAUAUUUCGACUCCUAUCAUGUGAUCUUGUUCACCUUGCUAGCCCUUGUUGCAGGAACAGCAGUUGUGAUCAUAGGAUUUCUAUCCCCAUCACCAUUUUCAAGUCCUUUUAAUACUUCACUAACUCAUCGGAGACCAAGCCCUCCACCCAGUUUAUGGAGUACAGGUUAUGCUUCACGUUAAGACUGCUCUACCAGCUGAAGAACUCAGCAGGCAUUUUCCUGUGUAAUAUGAGUGCCUUUCUACUGUGCUUAAAAGAUACAGUAUCAACUAUAAGUGGAGUUAUCUAAUCAGUGUUUCUGAAUUGUGUGUAUAUCUGCACCUGGAAUAUUCCCAUCCUUUAAAGUAUACAAGUGAGCAGACUUCAACAUAUAUGGUACAUUUUUUUUUCACUUGAUUUACUAAAUUUAUUUGUAAACAUAUGCUGCUGUAUGCAAAACAAUAUGAUGUAAACAAAUGUCAAGCACACAGAUGUGUAUGUGUAUUAUAUAUAUGUAUACACACACACACAAACACACACAUAAAUAAUGUACAUACAUGCACACACACUUGUGUAUUUGGGCUUGUAAGUUGCUAUUCAUAUGUGAAAGUUCCAAUCUUCAUCAGUCUGUCUUCACACAUUAGUGAGUAAGGUGGACAUUUGAAGUGUGACAGUUAAAAAAAACUGAAGUGAAGUUUGGUGUACAUAUAAUGCUCUUUAGAGAGCCUCAGGAAGUGAUUGCACUGAUCAAUGUUUAAUGUGGCAGCUUCAGGAAAUGUGAUUGAAAUUACUUCUCUACUUUACAUAAACUGGGCAUAACUGUGAACUGAAAUGUUUCUGUGAACAAGUGCAUAAACUUAGAAUUGUGGUGUCCCCUGUUGUAUGACUGUGAAACAGCUAAGGUUUAAAGGGGAAUAGCUGUUACAGGAAGUCCUUUUAAGUGAAAUCGUUGGUAGUUUCCUGCAAUUUGCAUACCAAAUCUCUUGGCUUACAAGUUGACAUUUUUGUAACAAGGUAUCCCAGAAGUCCUUACUGCUACCAGAAGAUCAUAGGUUCAUAGACUAGUACUAAGCAAACUGCCCUUGCGAGACAUUUUAAGCCUAGCAAGUUAUCCCUUGAGAGACUCAAACCCUGCAACUUGUGUUUGUAAGGCAAACACCUUAACCAUUAGGCCACCCUCCCAACCCCCUCUCAACUUAGAGAGAUUUCUGGUGUACAUCAUGUGUAAGGGUUAAAUUGUACACAAAAAAAAAUGUAAGGAAGAAGAAUGAUACUCUAUCUUUCACUUGUUUUUUCUUUCUAAAACUGCCACGUUAGUAGCAAGCAUCUGAAGUAAGACAGAAGGGAGUGAGGCUGUAUAGAGUUCCACAUACAUAGUUGCCCCUUAUACAUUGUAUAUUGAAGCAAAACAUUAUUUGGAUGCCCAAAAUAAAUUUCAUUUUUGUAGGCUGCAGUGUGCACGCUGCCUGCAUUCUGAGUUCAUAUUCACUGCCAUACUGUUUGUAACGCACGUUUUUAGGUUCAUAAGUAUUUACAAGUAGUAGGCAUGCGGUUUGGAUGACCACUGUAUCAUAAACCCAAUAUGCUUAAGUAUUAGUUGCCCCAAUUAAGGAUGGUUGAUCCUAGCAGUUUAGCCACUUCCAGUUUAUCUCAUUUUAUACUUGUGAUGAAAUGGGAAGUUUUAUUUUGAACAAGGACAGGAGUUGGACCAUUAUUCCCAUUUUCAGCCUCAGUUUUCGUUCCUGUUAUAGAUGAAUAACCCUUUGGUACAGUUUAUUGACCCAUGGAAUACAGAGAUAUGUUCAUGCUGUACUUCUUCGUCAUUGGCCCUUCUCCCAUUUGUCAUUCCAAAUGCUGUUUUUAUUGGCAGAAACUGUUUUGCAUAGUUUUUAAUCACGCCCACUCUUCUGACACCAUCACAGCCACCAAAGAGUAAAUAGUGCAUCUGUUUGAUGAAUUAGUAUCAUUCACUUUAUCGCUAUUUAUACUAAGCUUCCAGUGAGUGUAUUCUGUAUAUUGUAGAGUAUUGCUCUCAUUCCAGGCAGGCUUAGUUGUGCUUUUCUCUGCCCCAACUUGCAGACUGCUCUUUCAGCUUCCUGAGCUUAACCGUCAUAUAAUAUAUAAACAUACUUGAAUACCUACUGUAUAUGUGUAAAAAAUUACUUGCUUAAUCCAUUCAUCUAGUCCAAGAUUACAGAAGACAAGUGCCUAUCCCAGCACUUGCUGGCAUAAUCACUGGAUUGUCUGGAAAUCUAAUUUUUGUGACAAGAACAUCUUGUAAUGAUGAAUGGAAUAUUAUACUCUUCUCCCUAUAAUGAAUGAAGCAGUGAAGGUUAAAAGCAAAGAUUAGGUGAGUGGCAGUUGAUCCCUCAAGUAUUCACUGUUUGUUCCCCAUGUUUUCCUUCAUCUUAAAGUGUUAUGAAUUUGUAGCCUUUUCUAUGCUAAGUUUAGUGUUGUGCAGCUAUGCUUACUGAAGGAGAGAUUGAAGUAGUGUACAUAGUCAACUCAGAAACAUGCUAAGAUUCAUUCUGAUUAUGGAAUCCAUUCCUGUGUGCCUGCUGAAGAAUAUUCUGGGAUUUCUAGUUACAAAAAGUGUCUUCUUCAAGAUCAGAAGUUAUUAAAUUACAGAUAGCUGUAAUGCUGCUAAUGUCAAAUGAAAGAAAUGUAUUAAAUAAUAUGUAGAAAGCAAACUUUUUGUCCUAGAUGGUAACCUACUGCUUGUGCCAUAUUUCUGUCCAGGGCUUAGUACAGAGAAGCUCCCCUUAUGUGAAUUUUUUUCUACUGUGCUAUUUUUGCAUUUUUAAAAAUUAUGUUAGAUUGCAAAUGUUGCUUCAUUACCAUUUUAGUAAAGCAGUAUGUAUUGUUUUUAUAUGUUUAGCAUAAUUUUAAAGACAUUUUAUUUUCAGGACAUUCCUUUGUUUUAUGUACUGUUAAAAGCUUUUUGAAGUGUUAGAUCACAAGCAGUGCUGCAUUUUAAAUGGCAUACUAAGUUAAUUUAUGUAUUGUUAAUGUUGAUUUCUUUCAGCAUUCUAUGUGAAAUGUAACCUAUGGAAACAUGUCUGGUAUAUGUUCUGUGCACCAUGUGAAUACAUUUGUUCAACACAAACCUCAAAGGGGAGAGUACAGCAUUUGAAAAAAAAUAUGCAGAAGUUAAGAUGCAGAUAUUCAUUUUUAUUGUACUUUUCUGUAAGUGGUAGUAGUGAUGUUUUAUUGAAUAUAAAUGGAACCACUGGCAUUUUUUUGUACGUGUGUGGCUUGAUGUCAAGUUGCAGUGAAUUUUUGCUUUAAUUUUUGUAUUUUGAAUGAUUACAUAAAAUUCACUGCAGAGUUGUGUAUGUGUGUGUGAAAAAAUACACAUUGAGUGGUCCUUUUUUUGACUGUUUUCUAAGAAAGUCACAGUCUGCUUUAAUUUUCCUUUUUAGUAAAGCACCAUACCUGAAAUUUGUGAUUCACUCCAAUUUGUGGUAAUUAAGAAUGUGAAAAUGUUUGAAAAUCCAGGGCUUUAUUUGUAGCUAAAAAUAAUUAUGCAAAUUUUCAGUUCAGAGCAUCCCUUUAUUGUAUUUAACGACAGACCUCGUCAACAUUAAUUUGGUAUUUAUGUGUGAAGGGGAAUGGGAUAUCUCUGCAGUUUCAGUUCUUAUUGCAGGCAUUGACAUGGUGAGGGAAAUGGUGGGAUAUCUAAAUAAGUAACUACACAACAGCCUUUUCUGACAAAAUUACUGUAUUUAUCUUUGUCUCAACUUGUAGUCCACUCACAUUUAUUCCAACAAUUCACUUGAGAGCUCGCAAUAACAGUAGUACAGAUGUUAUUUAGAUAAUAACAUUACAGAGACUGACUAUUUUGGACACAGCAAGGCUCAGCAAAGCUAAGUUCAAGAACAGCAAAACUUUUCCUCUUUAAAGAGAAAUAUUUUUGUCCAUGUAAAAAUUAUCCCUGUUUUGCUGCAUAAAACUGAAAUAUUCCUUGACUAUUUAUCUCUCUUUGUGGCAUUUCUAAUCUGUUCAGCUUCAUUGAUGCACACUGUGUUUAGUCUGCAUGAACACUUCAUCCAAUACUUCAAGUUUUUGAAGGCACUUUAAAAAUAAAACACCAGUUGCAGAAGACACAUAAAACCAGACAGGUGAAUAGGUUCAUAAGUAGUUGGUUGGCACGCAGUCCAGGAAACCAUAGAAGAAUCUAGCCUAUUUUCCCCAAAAGUUCCAGUGCUUGAUCUGGUUAACUGACUUGCUAAGUCACACAGUAGGGAAAUGGAGGCUAAGGGAAUCAAACCGUAGACUAUAGGUAGCAGAUGGUCAGUAUCUUCUACACUAUCUACUAAACUUGCAUCAAAUAAUGGUAUCUUCUUUAGAAGUUUGUCUUUUUGGCUUCGGCAUCUUGUUGCUUCUUACACUUCAGACUUGAGCAAGGAAGACCUUGCACAAAAAUAUGUGAAGCCCUAUAAAAGUAAUAUACCACCACACUGGCCAAACAAUAAAGGAAGCCACCAGAAAUUAGCGAAGACCACAGUUUAUUGUUGCUUUC